AAAUAAAAACCGUAUGAAAAUCUUAUUCCCACAAAUGUCAAAAUUACGAUGUCCGCAUAGGUUGUCCCGCUGUGCAAAGGUGACUGCAGUGAAAAAUAAAAACAAAAACGGAAAAUCCAGCAAAAAAGCAAACAGAAAAGGAGGAGAGCAGAAAAUCGGGGAUCAGCUUUGGUGGCUGGAAACGGACAACAGUUGUGCUUUCUUUUAGUUACAGCCACCGCACAUUAUCAUCUUCCCUGAUGGGCACCAGAUACUUUGCCAAUCCGUUUCCGGAUUAUGGCGGUGGGCCGAUACAGCGGUGCGACGACCACAUCAAGGGUUUGAUACAAUCGUACGUGAAUCUGAUAGUGGAAAACACCAAACCGGACCGCAACACAGACCAGCGUGGUGAUUUAUACGUGGGCGAUGCUGGAAUCGCUUACAUGUUCCUGAAGCUGCACGACGCUGGCAUAUUCGGACAGGAAGCAUUGCAGUACGCCAAGCAGUACAUAGUGAAUGCCAAAGCACUGGCCGCACGGUAUGCGGGACGCCCGGAGGAACGUUGCUCGUUUCUGUGUGGCAAUGCGGGUGUGUAUGCAGUUUCGGCGGCCAUUGCCCACCGGCACAAUGCCAAGCAGGAGAUGGACGAAGAUUUGCGCUGCUUCGCCACCGGCAUUGAGGUGUGCAAGCGGCUCGAUUUCAACAAGAACGGCAGCGACGAGAUCCUGUUCGGUCGGGCAGGCUAUCUGGCCGGGGUCUACUGGCUGCACCAAACCAUCGAACGUAAGGUGUUUUCGCAGGAAAUUCUCACCGUCAUCUGUGCCACCAUUCUCGAGAGUGGCAAACGCCACCGUACCGGUCUUCUACCUCUCUAUUACCAAUGCUACGGGGACGAUUACCUUGGGGCCGCCCACGGUACCUCGGCCAUCAUGCACAUGCUGCUGGAGUCACCGUUGCAGCUGAACCUGAGCAGUGUGGAAAUGUCGCUGGUAAAGAACACGGUCGACGGAUUGCUCGGGCUGCAGGACAGCGAGGGCAACUUUCCGACCACGCUGCAGGACUGCGUGAGACGUACGCGCAGCGAAUCGCUCGUCCACUGGUGCCACGGUGCCGCCGGUGUCGUGUAUCUGAUGGCCAAAGCAUAUCUUGUGUUUCAAGAGCAGCGCUACCUACAAUCCUGCAUCCGGAGCGCGGAUCUAGUCUGGCGGAAGGGGCUGCUGCGGAAGGGGCCGGGCAUCUGCCACGGGGUGGCCGGCAGCGGGUACGUUUUCCUGCUGCUCUACCGGCUCACCUCCGACCCGAAGUAUCUGCACCGGGCGCUAAAGUUUAUGGAGUUUCUAACGCACGAGGAAUUCAUCCGCAACGCACGGAACCCGGACUGUCCGUUCAGCUUGUACGAGGGCUACGCCGGGACGGUGUGCUUUCUGAUCGAUCUGCUGCGCCCCGAGAAGGCCGCCUUUCCCUUUAUGGAUGUGUUUGAAAAGAAAUUCUAAAUUACCAAACCCGUAUUAGUAGCAUAACAGAUAAUGACCCGUGACAGUGAUUCGCGCGCUCCAGUAGAGUAGGCGGGCGUAUGCGAGCGUUACGAUCACUAGAGUCGUCUUCCUGUGAGGAGAACGGUACAUCGGUACAUCGAAAGGAUGCUGGCAGGAGUUGAUCGCGAAACAAACGAACAAACAAACAAACGCACACAAACACACGGGCUCGCAACGAGCCAGUAGAAUAUGUAGCAGCAUAGAACUCAUAAAGCACAAACCAUGUUGGAACUAAGCAAAAGGAAGAACAAAGCAACUACACGAUAGACCACCCCUGUCUAUAGGUAUCAUCUAAUGUGCUCGAAACCUUUCUUACUUCUCUGAACUGAGUGUGUGUGUGUGUGUAUUAUCUUACGCCGAGAAUCUCACAUGAUAAAAUUAAUGAACGAAUAGAAGAAUGAAGGAAUCAAUCAGCAAAAGACUAUAACAAAAGACACAUCUUCUCUAAAUGGCCACCGUGUGGUUCGCAAUCGCUUAUCGGACGGACGCACAAACCAAACUGCCAUUUAGUAGUUGCUAGCAGCUAGAACGUGUGUUGUAGGGCAGGAGCGGAAACGGAAACGAAAAGUAUUUUGCAAACGACAGGCAAACGAACGGACCCCUGGUAGGCAAAAAAACCCCGUAAAUACUAUUGUACUUUGUGCACCGUGGCGCACGUUGCAGUUGUGAUUCGUAAGUAAUUUAUCUUAUCCUAGUCUGUAAAAACAAAAAAGCCGGAAACCGUGUGCAUGAACUGCGUACUGUUCCGGACCGGCGGAUGUGUGGCUCAGUAAGGCUCAGUGGCAAAACCAUCAGGUAUCUCGUAAAAACAAAACAAACAAUCGUUACUCAAAAACCGACACACACACAGCAGCAGCAGCAGCAGCAGCAGCGGCGACCGUGUGUGUCCUUCGCGGGGUAGAGAAGGUUUCUAUCGUGCACCGUGUAGGAGAUGUCUGUAGAACACAUCAUCAUUAGCUAGUGCGUGGUGGAAGUAUCUGAAUCAUGGCUGUUUGUCCUGUUUGCUGUAAGUUGUAAGUGAUUGCAUUUAAAAUUGACGAUUGCUGAAGUAUAUCGUGUUUUUUUUUGGGAUGAAAUAAAGUUAAUCAUAUGAACAUGUUCAUUCGACACAA